CAUAUGCCACAUAUUAAUUGCAAAUAUUAGCUCAAUAUGUAGCACUUUAGGAUCAAUAUGCCUUAUAUCCCUAUUGGUUGUAAUUGCUCUUGCUGCACCGAUGUAACCUUAAGACAAUUUGCUUUUAUUUGUAAUUUAAUUUUUGCAUUAUUUGCUGUUGGUGUCAUCAUAUGUGGAAUAUCAUACCGGUCACACUUUGUUCAAUAUCAAGAAAUACUGCCACAAGAUGACCUUCUUUUGGCCUAUAUACCAUAUAUAGGCGUGGCAUUUGGGAUUUUAUAUGUUACGUCAUCCAUAGUUAUCCUAAUAGGAGUAGUGAGAACUAGAAACUCUAAUGGUAAUAUUUUGCUUAUUUGUGGCUGUAUAAUUGGUUGGGCUUCAUUAUUCUUAACAAGCUUACACGCUUUAUACCACCUAAUCAUAUUUGAAGUCAAAGGUAUAGGCUGCGAAAUAAGAAAAUGUUUAAUAAAAAUAUUUAGAAGUUAUCAUGAAGAUAAGAAUGCUGAGCAACUUGUCCAUCAAUUGCAACAAGACUUUUCUUGUUGUGGAAUAACGGGACCGAAAUACUGGUAUAAUGACUUUCCCGACAGCUGUUUCCCAAAGAGAAAUAUUCAGUCUGACAAUUUUAGGAUUGGCUGUAAAUAUCCUAUAUCUAAGUGGCUCAGAUAUUCUCUUGGUGUCGUGACAUUUAUUUACGUAGCAUCGCAUAUCAUGCAUAUUAUAAGUCUAAUAAGUGCGGGAUGUCUUUCAGAAAGAAUGGUCCUAAAUAGGUUAACUGACAUAUUGGAAACUGAUUUAGAAAAUGAGGAAGAUGCGGGUUACAUUUCAGAUGAUGAAGACAGUGACCCCAAGACUCGAUAAUAAUAAAAAUGCUUCCUUUACAUAUACUUUAUAUGUAAAUAUUUAUCAUAUAUAAUAUAAGCUUUUACUAUUUUUAUAAGGAAUACAAA